CUUUAUUAAUGCUGUGUCCUAAGAAAACCUAAAAUUCAAUUCGGCUCCAAAUCUCCAAUUGAAAUAAGAAAACGCGCUGCACUUCGCGUUUUCCCUCCCCCAAAUUUCACUUCCCUCCCCAAAUUUCAGUUCCCUCCUCCCCUAACUUUCGACUUUCCCUCUUCAAUUGAAACCCACCAGAAGAGAAAAGAUGUUUCAUUCACUCUAUUUCCCUUUUUAGUUGUAAUAGAAAAAAGAGAACAAACUCGAGCUGAAAACACCUUCGAUCUGAUUCGACUCGGUGGAGGAGGCGGCGACUCAUAACAAGGGUUCCACUCAUAGUAAGGUGUGAGACAUGUUCUGGGUUGAGAGAUUCUGGGAAAAAUUUCAGUAGAAGCAUGUUGAGGUUCCGAUCCCAACUCUGAAGAAAGAUGAGGUUUUGCUGAAUCGGAAGCGGCUAGCAUAAUCCAAUUGAUUGGUUGGAGUGGGGACUUGCAGAAGGCAGGGUUAUAUCAGUGGUUGCUUCGAAUAUAGCUAUUUUUUCAGAUUCGAAUAUAGCUAUUUGUUCAGAUUCAUGGCUCAUGGAAAUAAAAGACCAAGGCUUUUGAAUAGCAGAUGAUUAGAUACUUAAAGCCUUUGAAGGACUUUUUUUUUGUGUCCGUGGUCAUCAGGCAACACCCUGAACUUAAGGAUAGGCCUAUAGCUGUAUGUCAUUCUGAUAAUCCAAAGGGCACUGCUGAAUUUCAUCUGCAAACUUCCCUACUCGAGAUUAUGGUUUGUUUUGGAGUGAGGGCUGCGAUGUUUGUUAGAGAUGCUAAGGCUCUUUGUCCACACCUUGUCAUUCUUCCUUAUGAUUUUGAAGCGUAUGAGGAGGUAGCUAAUCAGUUCUAUGACAUUCUGCAUAAGCACUGCAGAAAAGUACAAGCGGUAAGCUGUGACGAAGCAUUUUUAGAUGUCACAUACUUGGAAGGGGUAGAUAUGGAUAUGUUAGCCUCAAUUAUAAUACAAGAGAUCUUUGAGACUACUGGAUGCAUUGCAAGUGCUGGCAUAGCUAGAAAUAUGCUCAUGGCUCGCCUUACAACAAGAACUGCUAAACCAGAUGGUCAAUGCAACAUUCCUCCCAAAAGGGGGCAUGAUUAUUUUUAUGAACUUCCCAUCAAGAUGCUUCUAGGAAUUGGACACGUUUUAGAGGAGAAGUUGAAGAAGCGAAAUGUUUUGACGUGUGGACAGUUGCGCAUGAUUCCUAAGCCCUGCAAUGUGGUUUCCAGUAGCUAUUUUUAUGCUGGUGGAUGUGUAUGGUUGGCACGUAUAUCUUUGGCUAUCCUAUGUUCCACUUUUGAAUGCUUUUGAGCUUGCCUUCUUUGUUUGGGUUCCAGUUAGUUUUUCUUUCCCAUCCUCCAGAUUUUGGUGAAGUUCAAUAUUUAAAAUUUUCCAUAGCUUUGAAUAUGUAGCAACUGGGUAUGAAUUGAGUUUUAUAUGUAGCAACAACUAGCUUUGAAUUAUGUGUCUUACGAUCAGUAGUAGUAGUACAUUAAUUCUGGAUGUUGGACUUGUUGUUUUUGCAGGUAUUACUUGUUUUUGAUGGUAUGAAUUCAGUUAUAUAUGUAGCAGCAGCAGCUAGCUUCAAAUUAGUCAUGGUAGAACAUUCUGGGCAUGUUGGACUUUUGGUUUUUGCAGGCUACUUCUUUUGGAUCUUAGACAUGUAUUAAGGAAUGUUCUAUAUAUUAUAUAUAGACUUGUUUGAUGUGUACGUACUCGCUGUAAUGCGCGCACUUUUUAUAAUAUGAGAUCGUUUCCCUUAUGGAUUUAAUGACUCCA